CUUGCACAACAAGAAAUGAUAAGAUGUUUUUCUCAUCUACUCUUUUCUCUCUGUACAGUCUCUAUCCAUUCAUUAGAAUAGCAAUAGCCCCAUUUUAAGGCUAUUGUGCCUUUCUUUUAUUAAUCUCUCUCCUCUCUCCUCUCUCUCUCUCUCUCUCUUUCUCUCUUUCUGUUUUAAUUUAAACCGAACAGGCCGACGUAACAUAGCUUUCCACAGAUUAGUUUUGAAGGUUGAUGAGUGAUUUUGGUAGAACCCCAGAUGAGCAGCAAACCAUGAUGACUCAACAGCACCACCAACAGGAACGACUCUGUGAUUACUGUAAUGACACUACAGCUCUUCUUUAUUGCAGAGCUGACUCUGCUAAGCUUUGCAUCUCAUGUGACCGUGAAGUUCACUCUACAAAUCAGCUUUUCUCUAAGCACACUCGCUCUUUGUUAUGUGAUUCUUGUGAUGCGUCCCCUGCUUCUAUCUUUUGCGAGACAGAGCACUCUGUUUUUUGCCAAAAUUGUGACUGGGAAAAGCACAAUCUUUCUUUGUCUUCUGUGCAUAACCGUAGGCCGAUUGAAGGGUUUAGUGGUUUUCCUUCAGUGAGCGAGCUGGUCAGUAUUUUGGGAUUUGAAGAUCUUGGUGAUAAGAAGGAUAAGAAAGCUUUGCUUUUUAAUGAAGGCGAUAAUGGGUUGGCCAGUUCUGGGCCUGAUGGGUCGGGUUUUGAAGAUGGGUAUUCGGAUUUGUUGAUUUGGGAAACUCCUGCUGUUGUUAGCAUUGAUGAUUUGAUAGUCUCAAGUGAUUCAGGUCCAAAUUUCCCGGCUUUAGGCGUGCCUCCAUUGCCAAAGAAUCGUAAUGCUGUAUGCGGGCAACACAAAGAAGAAAUACUUCGUCAGCUCCGUGAACUAGCAGGGUUGGAGCCUGACCCAAAUUGCCACAAUCCAGAGACUGAACCUACCUAUGUCUUCCAGUCAGCUGCUGGAGAAAAUAUGCAAACGAGGAUGACGCAUAAGUGUUGUGAACCUGUUGCUCGGCCAAUCUCAUCACCUUCUUAUGAGGAAAAUAUAUUUAACUGGUUGAGUGAUAAUGGUGAGGCUGGGAAUCAAGUUUCUGUUCCUUGUACAUUACCAAGAAGCCACUUGGAAGAAAGUCCUGUUGUUCCUGACAAGCAGUCCAAUAUUGAUGGCAGUGCAAGUUAUGCCAAUGGCAGUCAUGAAGGGGAACCACAAUAUCCUGCCUCUACAGGAUUGAUAUCAGUUUUCCCAAAAGUUGUAUCUCAUGACAUAAACAGCCAGGAGAGGGACUCUGCAAUCUCACGGUACAAGGAGAAGAGGAAAACAAGAAGGUACGAUAAGCACAUUAGAUAUGAAUCAAGGAAGGCUCGAGCAGAAAGCAGAACGAGAAUUAGAGGGCGCUUUGCAAAGAUGGAUCGCUGAAAUAGUGGUAAGCAAUAUUUAUUAUACUGCUGCUUUAUGUGAUAUGGAUUGCUUUAUUUGCAUUGGAUGGCGCUCGUAGGCCACACAAAUACAUCAAUAUAUUGUUGGUUCAUUUGCAGACAUUGAAUUUUGGUAUGCUAUUUGCAUUAACUUGGUCAUAGCAGAAUGGAUUUGCAUUAGUAACAUAUAUUUUGCUGUUAGCAUAGUGCUGUGACCUUUUCAUGCCUGAUAUACGCAAUCUCUUUCGUCUGUUAAACACAGCAGAUUUCUCGAGUAUGGGGGUAAAUUAAGGUAGAAAACAGCAUGCUGGAUAUUUUGCUAGGAUGAAUGGCUGGCAUUCUGCCAUGCAGCUACGACCUUAGAUGAUGUGAUUGUUAGCUUACAAUUAUACAGUAUUUUGUGUACUAUUAUUUGUUUAAUAAUCCUAGUUGAAGUGAAACUAAAUCUUCAACUUCAAAUAUUUUCUUACAGUAAUAUUAAAUCAGAGAUGUCAAAAUCGGCAGAUUUCAUGUAUGAAAGAGCUAGGCUUUGUUUCUAUGUAUCAGAAAAUUGUCAGUGUGUAUGUGUCAGUAGCAUAGCUUGUAUAUAUGUUAAAGAAACAUCAAUACUUGUGUUCCUGUAACUAAAAUGUGAACAUUUUAUUUCUUGAAAUUUUUUUAUUAGUUCAGGUA